GGUCCCGCAGCCGCGGGUGGCCUACAGCCAAAGGAGGGCGGAGCCCAUCGGGGCGGGACUGGCCCUAGGUCCACCUCAUAAAGCCAGGGGCGAGGGGCGCGACGAGUUCUGGACAAGCCCUGGAAGGGCUGCUUGGUUCGACAGUCCCCAGAGGCUGAGUCAGGGCGCUGCCGUGACAUGCCGCGGAGCCCCCGGACCGCGCCGAGCUGGGCGCUGCUGCUGCGGUUGCUGGCGCUGCUUCGGCCGCCGGGGCUGGGCGAGGCGUGCAGCUGCGCCCCCGCGCACCCCCAGCAGCACGUCUGCCACUCGGCGCUAGCGAUCCGGGCCAAAAUCUCCAGUGAGAAGGUAGUUCCUGCCAGUGCAAACCCUGCUGACACUCAAAAAAUGAUCCGGUAUGAAAUCAAACAGAUAAAGAUAUUCAAAGGGUUUGAGAAAGUCAACAAUAUUCAGUAUAUCUAUACACCUUUUGAUUCCUCCCUCUGUGGGGUGAAACUAGAAGCUAACAGCCAGAAGCAGUAUCUACUGACUGGUCAGAUCCUCAGUGAUGGGAAAGUCUUCAUCCAUCUGUGCAACUACAUCGAGCCCUGGGAGAACCUGUCCUUUUUGCAGAGAGAAAGUCUGAAUCACCACUACCAUCUGAACUGUGGCUGCCAAAUCACCACCUGCUAUACGGUGCCCUGUACCAUCUCGGCUCCCAACGAGUGCCUCUGGACAGACUGGCUAUUGGAACGGAAGCUCUAUGGGCACCAGGCCCGGCAUUAUGUCUGCGUGAAGCAUGUUGAUGGCACCUGCAGCUGGUACCAGGGACGCCUGCCCCUCAGGAAGGAGUUUGUUGAUAUCAUCCAGCCCUAGGAGGGACCACCACAUACCUUCAAGAAUCCUGAAAACCAAGUCAUUUUCCUUCCCUCAGAGCUCUGGCUGUCACCACCUGCCUCAUCGCUGCCAGACAAUGGGAAAUAACAAGUGGAUGGUCUGGCCAGCAUUAGGGCAGGGAUGGGGCAUAUUACAGCUUGUGUCCAAGACCCCAGUCCAGAACCUGUCAAGGGCUAGGGAAAGUAGCAUGACUUUUCUCUCCUGUCCUCAACCCUUCAUCCCUGACUCCCAAACCCUUUUAGCUGAGCUGGUAUUUGUUAUUGAUUCUGGCUUAGUUUCUUUUCCAAAGCUAGGACUAUUCCUUUUUCUCCCCAGAUAAAUGUGCUUUCUUUUUGUCUUAACUGAUCUGACAGGGGAGAGAUGGUGACUAUUAUACAUAUGAGAUGGUGUGGUGGCCUUGUGAUGUACAAGAACAGAAGGUGGGUUGACAGUAUCAUAAACAGGCUGAUUUGGAGAAAUGAAAAGAACAACAUCCUUUGGCUGUGUAUCCUCUACUCCUCCUGUCUCAACUCAUUCUGAUCCUCUGAUACACUCUCAUCUGUUUGGGGGAGUGACUUGGGGGGCACGGAAUCAUCCAGUGUGAAGCCUACAGUGGCCUAACCUCCCUCCAUGUGCUGUAAUCCCCUCUUAUCUUGCUAAUUGGGCCAGAGGGCCUGGCCCAAUUAGCAAGAUAAGAACAGACUUGGGUAUUGUCUCUCUAGGUUAACUAUACUUAAUGCCCUCAACUGACGUCCAAAAGGCUUCUCCUCUGUCUCUUUUAGCAAGUCCUUCUCUACUAGAUUACUAAUGUUUUCAUUCCUACUUCAAAACUUUUUUUUAAGCUAAAAAAAGCCUUUCUCUUAUAGAGUUGAAAUUCCCACUUAGCUUUUGACACCUCAGAGAGAUCUUAGGGGUCCUCUCUUGAAGGCAAAUAUCAGGAUAGAGGACGGGAGAAAAGUAACACAAGGGCCCUUGGAGCAAAAGGAUGGUAGAUGAGGAAUACACUUUGCACAUGUUGCAGUUUUUUUCAGUGGUCAGCCUGCUAGAUGCUACAGCAGGAAAAAGCCAGCUUUGAGAGCCCCUUCAGUCUUCAGCUCAGUCCCCUCUUGGACUCCCUGAAAUUGCCAAGCACGGACCCCUAGGGUUCCUCAGCCUCUAGAAGGCUUCCUGAGUUGUCCUAAAAGGGAAAGCCCUGAUGAGGGUCUCAAGGAUUUAUUAAACACAAGGGCUUAAGGUUCCAGGGCCUCUCCUGGGGAAGCUCUGACAAAAAUGAAGAAGGCAGUUCUUUUCGAGGCCCAGGGCUGUUAUUCAUCUUCCGUGCGUAUGCCAGGACCAGCCUCCUCAUUCACAGAAAUGGUGCAAAUGGAGAUUCCUUCUGGAGGUCUCUGUCCCAGAGUACCAGACUUGGAAAGCUAUGGCAGAGAGAGUCUCCACUGGUGGGUUAAGGAGGACCACCAACUGACCAUGCAGGCCUGGGGCAGAGUACGUGGGGCCAGAGAAGAAGAAGGGGGUUAAGCCCCAGGUCACCAUGAGGGAAAAACAUUAGUAACAGCCUCUGUACCAACCAUCCAUCCCAUUUUUCUGCUCCUUCUGCCACCCUAGGAUGGCCUCAGAGAAGGCACAGUGCAACCCUAGUCUUACUGAAACUUGGAGGAAGCCAAGGGAAUGGAAGGGUCUGAUGAAUAAUAACAGGAACAACACCUUACAUCUGAAGAGCACUUCACACUCUUCACAGACUAUUACGUAAAGAAUCUCACUUAAAUUAUGCAAGUACCAUAUUAAAUGCCCUGGCCAGGAAUAAUUAUGCCCACUUGCCUUUCGCAUUGGGAGACUGACAUGCAGUGAGGGAAUGCAACCGUCCCUGACUUGUGGUGGGGCUGGGCUAGGACCCCAAGCAGCUGGAUCUUCUGAUUGUUGAUCCAUGGGUUUGUUGCUCGAUAAAAUGCCCUUGUUUCUGUUCUUUCCUAUGCUGUCUCCAGGUUUUGGAGACAAGGGGCUGUCAGCUAAAACCCAGCCACCCUGGCUUCACAAAGCAGGUCUGCAGUUCAACCUCAACAGAGUCUCUGGGGUUGGGAGGCUAAGGCCCUCUUCAGAGCCCCAUAGUCACCAUGUGGCUAAGCUCAGAGUGCGAACAGCAGAAAGACUGAAGCCCGCACUCAGUCACCUACCAUUUCUUUGUGGUUGGGGUAGUAUGUCUGCUCAAUGAGUGGGAACUUUUCUCCUCCCAGUGUCUUGUAGACGGCCACCAGCUGGGCAAACUGCAAAAGAGAAGCAAAGGUUUCGGUUUACCUAAACAGCUCUGGAACAGACAGACAAAAUGUCAAUCCAACAAAUAUUUGUCUGUCAAUCAAACAUUUAUUGAGUAUUUGCUCACUGAGGGCUUUGUGCAAAGCGCUCUGAGGAUAUAAAAGAGGUGUCCCAUUCCUAUUCUCCAGGAACGUAUGCUUUAGUUGGGGAAGGGAGAGAGUGAGCUAACAUUCAUUCAGUGCCUACUCAAUUUUAAUGAUAUUUCAUUUAAUCCUCAUAUCAAAUUGAUGAACUAGGUUCUUUAUCAUCUUCAUUUUACAUAUGAAGCUCAGGGAGGGUAGGAAACUUGCCUAAAGUCACAGAGCUGCAAAGAGCUUGUAAAGCUGGGAUUGAAAUUUGGGUCUCUAACUCUAAACACCUUCGUCUCUAGAGAUCGCAAGUGAUGAAGCUGGAUAGCUAACAUGGGGCCCAGUCUCGGAAGUUCAAAUGCCAAGCAAAGGAAUGGUAGCUUUUUCCUGUAGGGAGAAUGGAGUCAUGGAAUGCAGGAGAGACAGACCCAGUCUUCUAGGACUUACUACUCAUCUACGAACUGAACUCACUGGACCUUCACCUAUGAGAAGCCAGAACAGCUCCAUGGGGAAGAGAUGAAGUACAGAUACUUAAGUGUCAGGGUUUGCCUUUGGCAAACAUGUAGCACCCCUUGGUGCCCCCGACCCCCCACACUUUAUAAGUGAAGAAACUGAGGCCCAGAGAGGUCACUUGCCCAAGGUCACACAGUAGUUGAGCCAGAUUCAUAGCCAGGCUCCUUUAUUCCUAACCCAUAACUCUCCCUACUCCUUGACAUAGCAGCCUUUCAGGCUCUAAAGAGAUAAUGCUCUUCCCACAGGAAGCUUUCCAGUUCCGCCCACUCACACACAAGCUCCCCACAUCCACCCCAGUGUGCUGACAGCAGGGGUAAUCCAGCUUCUUCUCUCUAGUGCUACUGGGUUCACGCUCUAAGCCACUGAUAUCUGGAACUGCUAGUAGGAAAAGUUGCCAGAUCAAAUCUACCUUCUAUUUAUUAGAGAAAGGAAAGCUAGAACAUUUUUCAAAAGCUCGGGUCCUGUUUUUGAUCAGGGAUGUUAGCGCAUGAGUCAGUGCGGGGAGACGAUAAAAGCCGGAACUGGGUUGUUAGACAACUACAGUCUUCUGAUUCUUCUUGUUCUGCUCGAACUUGCUAGGUGUCCUUAGGCAAGUGAUUUCUCCUCUCCAGGCCUCCUUUUCUUCAUAUAUAAAAAGAGAGAACUGAAUUUGAUCAGUUCCUCAAACUUUUUACCACAAAAGAACAUCUUUUUAUUACAUUUCCUCCCAAACUCCACGAUCAAACUGUUGUUUAAGUGAUCAUCUGCUGUGGUCCUUUUGUGAGUAGAGAUAGAAUCUGUUAUUCUUGAAAUGCUGAAAAACAUUGGAAUUUCUGGGUCACUUCCCUUAGUGACACGCAGUUGGUGACUCUAGAUCUCUAAGGCCUCCUCCAGGGCUGCAAGUAUGAUUGAUGGACUCUCAAGGCCCAAAGAUUUUAUUAUUGUCAGAGACUUGAGAGAGUCUCUAGGCCAGACAUCUCAUUUUACAAAUGAGGAGACUGAGGCUACAGAAGCAAAGGAAAGCGCAGGCUCCCACAUCAUGCCUGGACUUGGGGCUGCACUGGGACAGCGCCCAGAUCUCCUCCUGCCCAGUGCAUUCUCCACUGUACCCUGCUGUCCUCGCCAUUCUCUGGUUCUUCAACCUUCUCUGACUGUCAAGACCAUCCCUCAGGCCUUUCCUGCCUUCUCUGAUUCUCUCCACCACCUCAUCUGACCUUUAAGUCCUGCCUGCCCACCUUGGCCUGGCUGGACUCCUGCUCUGUGUCUGGAUACCUGCCUGAGCUCCCAAGGCUCUCCAGCCUCCCCGGAGAGCUGAUACCAGCCCUGCCUCACAACCUCUGUCCUGCUGCAGCCCACGCCCUGGCAUGGCACCAAGGCAUGUGGGGCCCUAUCUUCCCAGCACGUGGGAUUGUUAAACAGACACCACACCGAUGCCAAGAAGGCCCACGGCAGGUUCUCAGAGUCCCAGCACAGCCAAGACUAAAAUGGCAGCCAGUUCCCGGGCACUAGCUGGGUCUCUGGGAGCUCAUGCUACCCUCCUCCACCUCCUGCAGUCCCUUCUGCUCAAAGUACUGGGCUUGGCAUCUAACCCCUGCCUCCUUGGAAACUUAGACUCAGUCACAAGCACACAGUCACCAAGUAAACAAAAGGAAUAUCUGAUAAGGGUUAUUUCCACUAUGCCUAGACAAAAGAAUGGAUUUGGGAGCUGGGGGUGGUAUUGGCAAUGAAUAGGAAGAUAAUGUUCAAUAUAACCACUUAUCCAGUGUAUCAGGAAAGACUUCUUGGAUGAAAUGGGAUUUCAAGAUCAGUCUGAAUUUAAUAUGUUAUCCUUAUCCCUCCCGGAAAUAAAAUGCUUUCA